GGAGAAAUGUAGAGCCUCUCCUCACUAAUGCGACUCUUUAAAAAUCCCAUGUAGUAGUAAUCUCUUGGGAGAGGCUAAGAAAGAAGAGAUCUCGAUCCCCCCCUUCUCUGAUCUCACAAGUUUUUCACAAUCGAUAUUUGAUAGAUGGCCGUCCCGGAAGUCGACAAAGUCAUGCUUCGGCAACUUGAGUUGAUGGGAUUUCCGACGGCCCGCGCGACCAGGGCACUUCAUUCUUCUGGCAAUUGUAGUAUUGAGGCUGCCGUAAAUUGGGUUAUUGAGCAUGAAAAUGAUCCGGAUAUCGAUCAGAUUCCGCUGGUGCCUAAGGAAAUCAAGAUUGAAAGUGGAAAUUCGUUAUUGAUUUCAGAGGAAGUGAAGCUUAAGGCGCAUAAGCUACGGGAACAAGCUUCUCAGAAGAAAUUAGAUAAAAACAGAUCGGAAAGAGAAAAGGAGAAGGAAAUAACACAAUCUGCUGGAAAACUUAUGGAGUCAAAGAGAGUUGAGGAUGAUAGUGAAAGAAAACGAAUGAGGGCAUUGCUAAAAGCUAAAGAGGAGGAGCAGAAAAGAGCAAGAGAGAGAGUUCGACAGCAGUUAGAAGAUGACAAGGCAGAAAGAAAGAGGAAGCUUGGCGUACCAUACGAAGAUUUGGGAGCUUCAAAACCCGCAACACCUCGUGUGGAAGAACAGAGACAGUCGCCUAGACAGUUGCCUGCUAAGCGUGUUACAAAGGCCGAACUGAGAGAUUGUCUUCGAAAUUUAAAAAGAAAUUACAAGGACGACAAUGCUAGAGUCAAGAGAGCCUUCGAAACGCUUCUCAAAAUCAUCGGAAACAUUGUGAAUUCUCCCGAUGAGGAGAAGUUCAGAAGACUUCGACUGAGCAAUCCGAAGUUUCACGAAAGAGUUGGGUGUUUGAAAGGAGGUGUAGAGUUUCUCGAGCUAUGCGGCUUCGAAUGGAUCGACGGCGACAGAUACUUGUUUCUGCCGAGGGCGAAAGUCGACAUGGAAGCUCUAAGAUCUGCAGGAUUGGAGCUUCAUUCAGCUUUAACCAAUCCAUUCUUUGGACUUCUGUCAGUGGAUGGUUACUAAUUCAUCUGCAGAUCAACUACUCUCCACCUCUGAAGUUUCUCAUGAAUAUGGCUUUCCCUGCAUGAGUAAAUGUAACACAAUUACAUCCACAAAUGCAACUCUAAUGUAUCUAACUUUUAGCAACUCAAACUUAUUAUUAGUUGUUUGCUUAAAUGUUGGUGCCUAAUAUGAGUAGAGAUACUAUGC